GGAAAGGAAAGGACGCAUCGUUUUUUGCGGGAUGCUCUUGUGUAGUGAACGUCGCCACCAUAGAAACCUGGUGGCUCUCACCGCUGAUGGGGUGAAAUAGGUUACGAAGAGGUCCUGACGGUGGACCGCAGUGCUAUUUUUCAUCCUGGAGGGUGUAUGCCGUGAUAAUACAUGUUAGUGAAAAAUGCAAGGGGUGACGGUGACGGGAGAAGCGCCCACAUUGAACGGGGGCGGAAGGGAGGAGCAGCGUCCUCUCAAGCAGUCCCUGAGUGGUUCACUGUGCAGAGAGUCCCACUGGAAGUGCCUGCUGCUCACCUUGCUCAUGUACGGCUGCUUUGGCACGCUAGGCUGGUGCUCCCUAUACCGCAUCACCGUAAUUACUUUUGAUGACCAAGCCUACUUCUACAAGGGUAAUGCCCGACUAUACCAUGACAGCCCAUGUUCCAACGGCUAUGUCUAUAUACCUGUAGCCUUCCUGGCCAUGCUGUACAUCGUCUACUUGGUGGAGUGCUGGCACUGCUACUCUAAAACAGCUAACCUUGCUCAGGUGGAAAUCAGUGAGGUGUAUGACAGGAUUCAGAGGUUGCAACAAGCCACACCCUGCAUCUGGUGGAAGGCCAUCAGCUACCAUUACGUACGCCGUACCAGACAGGUGACGCGCUACCGAAACGGAGACGCCUAUACGACUACACAGGUGUACCAUGAACGGGUCAACACGCACGCAGCAAGCUCCGAGUUUGAUUACUCACGUCUCGGUGUCAAAGACGUUUCAAAAGAGCUUCAGGGCCUGUUGGAACAUCCUGUCACUCGCUUGCGCUUCACCAAGUGCUUCAGCUUCGCCAGCGCCCGCGCGGAGACCGGCUACCUCACGCAGCGAGCACGCUUCUUCGGGGACAAUGAGGGUCUGGAUGAUUACAUGGAAGCACGGGAGGGCAUGCACCUUAAAAACGUCGACUUUCGGGAACACAUGCUGGCGUUCCCAGACCCAUCACGACCGCCCUGGUACACCAGACGCUGGGUCUACUGGCUGGCCUCAGCUUUCCUGCUAUCAUGGCCUCUUCGUGUUAUUGCCGAGUACCGUACUGCAUACGUCCACUACCAUGUCGAGAAACUGUUCGGCGAGAACGAGGACGCAAAUGAUAAUGAUAAUACGGAGACAGGUAAUUACUGUACAGGUUUGGAGCAUGGCACUGGGGGUCCCACUCUGCGGAUCAACACAGUGGAUAUGACUGAACUGGAAUGGCACAUUUGUUGUAACCAGCAGAUGGUACCUAGCUACUCCGAGGCCUUGCUUAUGGAUUUGGAUAUGAAUACAAACACACCCUUGUCGGUUGCAAUGGCUGCACGUAUGCGACGCAAUUCUAGCUACUUCCUUCAGAGCUGCCCCAGGUGCCGGCGCUCAACAAGCAGCUCUUCACUCCCUUCCUGGUUUAGAGGGAACAUGGCUGCAGGGACAAACUCAUUUCCCAUUAGACCCGGCGGUAGGCUUUCCCUUAGUCGCAGUGGUUUCUCUCUCGGCCGGUUGCAUACUGCAAGAAGCCGCCAUCCCUGCCUGUUUCACUCGAGAAGCAUCGGAGGUGGGAUGGGCGGCCGUGUGGAGGACGGUGGUGGGGGUUUCCUUGGUCUUGGGUUUAGAGUGCCAGAUGAGGAGAGGAGGGGUGUUUUAGAGAGUGAGGGGCUAGAAGAUGACGACGUCGAGGAGACAGGCCAGGAACAAGUGGAAGAGAGAGAGAACGGAGAGGCCAGGGAGGAUGGGAGAGACAGGCCACCCACUUACCAAGAUGCUCUGUACUUUCCUGUGUUAAUCAUUCACGGGGAAGAGAGCUGUCAUGGGGGGCAUGGCAUUGACACAGGUUAAAAGAACCAAUAUGAUGUAAAGAAUGAUUGAAGUGGCUUAUGAGAAGUAGAGGCAGAAUGUCAUCUGGGUGCAAACAGGAGACAAGGAAACUGAGAAGUCGAGGAAGAGAGGGGAGCUUCACCAGAACCAGGAUAGAAAAGUUGA